CCGCCGCUCAGUACAAGUGAGUCGGGAGAGACUCGAUCGGAAGCUAAAGGGUCGGUCUGUGGUCCUCAGUUCGCGAUGAGCUUCUCUGUGUUUGUCGCUCUGCUCUUCGGGGCUCUUUGCGUCUGUUCGCGCGUUCACGCCCAUGUAGAUAUCAGUGUUGCUGCCUGUCAGACCGGUGACGUUGACCCUGAGGAUGAACUAGAGCUGGAUGGAGAUGAGAUGUUGCACUUGGAUUUUAAAACAAAAGAACUGGUGUUCACAAUGCCUGAGUUUACCGGAAAGUGGAGGGCUGAAGGUUGGGCUCAGCAGGCACUGGCGGACCAUCAGAUUUGCUUGAACAACCUGAAUGUGAGUAUUCAGGUUGAAAAGCUACCUGAAGAGAUCGAUCCUCCUCAAGUCACAGUCUAUCCCAGGGACAAGGUUUUACUUGGCAGAAGCAACACAUUGAUCUGCUUUCUGAACAACUUCUACCCACAAAGUGUGAAAGUGAAGUGGACUAAGAAUGAGGUGGAGGUGACAGAGGGGGUCACUCUGAGUCGCUACUACCCCAACAAGGAUCUCACCUUCAGACAGUACUCUACUGUACCCAUCAUCCCACAGGAGGGGGAUGUUUACUCCUGCUCUGUGGAGCACAAGGGGCUUCGUGAACCUGAAACCAGGCUCUGGGAGCCAGAAAUUCAGGAAGUGUCAGACAUCGGAAAGACAGUUUAUUGUGGAGUAGGACUAACCCUUGGUUUGUUGGGAGUUGGAGUUGGAACCUUCUUUCUCAUAAAGGGGAACAACUGCAAUUGAAAAAGUUAACCAUGAAGACUGCAAGAACUGGAAUGAGGAGGUUUUAUCUACUUUGUACCACCAUUAUUUUCCUUUUAACAAUAUAUUGAUUUUGAUAAUUUUUACAGCUGUUAGGGUACCAUGC